AUGGCUGUUCGCUUUGCAAAGCUUACGAAAGCUUGGCAGAACCUGAAGCUUAGCAAGGGCCGGCAAAACAAGGGAAUGCCUUGGCUUCGCUGGGAGGAGGAAGAUGAGAGGGAAGGUGAGCCGAGUGCACAGGUAGAGACCUUCUAUGAGAACAUGUUAUGGGAUGUGACUCCCACCCGCAUCUACAAUGACAGCUGGGGCCUUCGGAAGUUGUAUUCCUAUGCCCUGAGACGUGGCGAGGCAGUCCAGAAGCUGUUCAAGCUCAUCCGGCAUCUUCGAAGCAGCCUGCCACCGCCUGCCCGAAAGUUGAAAGGUUGUGUCAAGCAGAUCCAUGAGAGAAAGAAAGCAGAGGAGGGAGAGCGAGCAGAUGAGGAGCAGGAAGAGGAGGAGGAGGUCAAAGGCGAGGAAGGAGAGGAGGAAGAAGAGCUGGAGGAUGAUGAUUGCAUAGAAGUGGAGGUGAAGCCUCCCCAGCUUAAGAGACUGAGGCCCAUCGAGACGCCAGUCAGGCGACUUCCAGGGAAGACCAAAGCCUCUGACGAGGAAGUCCUUUUCGUGGGCUCUUCGAAGUCUAAGGACAAAGUGGAGCUUGAUAAAGUUCUUGCUCAGAUUGCCGAGCUGCAGCUCACGCCCGUCUGGGAAACGGAAGAGUCCAUCGACAUCCCCAUCGGCUUGGCCAAGAAGAGCCGGUCUACGCCCAGCACCUGCGACCCCGACCAGGAAAACGACACGGCUGGCUCGAAGGAUGCUGGUCUUGUUGUGGAUCCCCAGAUGCAGAGGUCGAUGAGAAGUGAGAAGAAGGCUGCUAUUGCGGCGGCCAAGGCAAGGGGUAAGGGGGCUACAGCAAAGAAGAAGGGCAAAGGCAGGGGCAAGGGCAAAGGAAACGAGAGAUCAUCCAAAACUGUGAUUAAGCAUCACAUCAAGGAGAAGGCCGAGCCAACAACAACAACAAAAAAAAAAACGGGCAAAGGCAAGACUCCUGCUGCUGAGCCAACGAAGAACAAAAAGCCGGAGGCCAAGGCCAAGGCAAGUGCCAAGGCAAGUGCCAAGGCAAGUGCCAAGGCAAGUGCCAAGGCAAGUGCCAAUAAGAAGGGUGCAGGUCCAGCUGCAGGUGGCGAUGGUGACAAGGUUUUCGGCUGUUCCAAAUGCCGAUGGCUAAAGGGGGGCUGCUCGAGGUGCCGAGAUCCCAGCUACAAGCCUGGCAAGAGUAGGCCUGCAACUGUUUGA